UAUGGGUGCGGCUGAAAUGGACGAGGAGCUGGCGGCCACGGUUGAGGACUCUCAUGGAACCAAUGGCAGCGUGAUAAUGAAGGUCGACCUUGUCAAAAACAAGGUGUUCCUGGACGGGUACUAUAAGGGCCUCUCACUGGAUGGAGUGAAAGGCAAAGUACCAGCAGGGCAGCCCAGAUUAAUUCUCUACUAUUAUCAAUGCAAAUAUGUCUGUCCGUGUUUACUGUUUGUGGAGCCACCUGGGUACGACUUGAGAGAACGGAUGUCUUAUACAGCCUGCAUAGAACCACUGGCCGAAGCUGUAGGGUCCCAAAAGACCUUCAUGUUUGAAAAAGUGGAAGACAUUACGGAGGAACAGUUUGCAAAGGCUUUCGCUGAAUAAUUAAUCGCAGUUCAUUAUUUCUGUCCAUUUGACUGCCAUUGAUUGGAUGGAUCCCAGAUUAAAGAUGUCUG